AUGGCCUUCUGUGGCUCGGGAAAAUCUUGGACACCGCUGGAGAUCCAUGCCAGAUCGCUGCGAGAUGAAGCCGAAGCUCCUUCGAUGCUCUUCCCCAUGUACACCGUGGCAUCGGGCGUUCUACUGAAGAUGACGAAGGUGGAGCCACACGAAGACUUGAAG